UUCCACAUAGGAUCUUCUUCCCUCCCACGCUCCUUCAAAUAUUCAAAAUUUUAUGUUCACAGAAAAGCCAAGAACCGCACAUUGCAAAUAUUCAAAUUCUUCAAUUCCCUCAACAACGUACACACUAGUUGUCACAAUUAGCUUUUUUUAAUUAAACAAUCAACUACAAAACCCAGGAAACUAAUUAAAUUCAACACACAAAUCCCCACCAUCUUGGAAAGAAAGAAAGUAACAGAGAGGAUUAGAGAAAGAUAGGCUCCUUCUUCUUCAUCAUUUCUUUUCUUCAUAAUUGGGGUAUAAUUUGAAGAAAAUUAUCCCCCCCAAUUUAAAAACAAAAGAAAGAAAUUAAACCCAGAAGAGGGAAAUGAUGAAGAGGAAGAGCGACCAGAAGAAGCUCCAAAGCUUCGUUCUGUAUUUCUUCAUCUUCGUCGGCGGCCUCGCCUUCGGCGUCACCGCCUGCCUCUACCUCCGCGACAUCUCCUUCUACCUCCGCCUCUACCAAUUCUCCGUACACACCCCUCCGCCCGCCGCCCAAAACGUCUCCGUCUCCUCCUCCGUCAUCAUACCUUCCUCUUCCUCCACGCCGCAUUUGGCGAUUGAUUCGCGGGAGGAAUCCAAAACGACGCCGUCUUCACUGGUGUCUCCUCCGGCGGAGGCGGAGGAAGGCGGCGCCGGCGAUUCGAGGCGGCGGCGGAGGGAAAAAGGGCAGAAUUGCACGGUGUGCCACGGCAUGGACGACGAGGAGCUACUGCGGAGGGCUUCGAUGGUUCCGAGGGUUAACGCAUCGCCGCCGCCGUACUUCCGGCGGCCGGUGGCGAAGGUGGCGUUCAUGUUCCUGACGAGAGGGGCGCUGCCGUUGGCGCCGCUGUGGGAGCUCUUCUUCAAAGGGCAUGAGGGAUUCUACUCCGUCUACGUCCACAACCUUCCUAAUUACAAUCACACCGAUCCCCUCGAUUCCGUCUUCCACGGCCGGAGGAUCCCGAGUAAGGACGUCGGCUGGGGACUGCCGUCGAUGAUCGAAGCCGAGCGCCGGCUAGUCGCCAACGCGCUCCUCGACUCCGCCAACCACCGCUUCGUCCUCUUAUCGGAAUCCUGCAUCCCGCUCUUCAACUUCACCACCGUCUACAACUACCUCCUCAACUCAGCCCACACCUUCGUGGAGCUCUAUGACCUCCCGGGCCCAGUGGGCCGAGGCCGCUACAGCCCACGGAUGAGGCCCAAGAUCUGGCCGGCCCAGUGGCGGAAGGGCUCCCAGUGGUUCGAGAUGGACCGGAAGCUGGCCGUCGAGGUGGUCUCGGACCGGGCCUACUUCCCGGCCUUCCAGCGCCACUGCACGGGCAUCUGCUACGGCGACGAGCACUACCUCCCCACCUUCGUCCACGUCACGGGGUUCGGCCGCCGGAACUCCAACCGCACGCUGACGUGGACCGACUGGUCGAGAGGCGGGCCCCACCCGAGCAGCUUCUCGGGCAAGGACGUCACGCCGCGGUUGUUGGAAGGGAUGAGGAACGGUACACGGUGUGUUUAUAACGGGAGGGAGACGUCGUAUUGUUAUAUGUUUGCUAGGAAGUUUGAAUCGAAUGCGCUGGGGAGCUUGUUGAGAGCUGCGCCACGUGUCAUGCAGUUUUAGGCCACGUGUCGAAUCGUAGGAGAUUUGUUUGAUUGUAAUUAGAAUGCAGUUUGAUGGUUCAUUAUAGGUCAAAUUUGAUCAUGAUAUCUGACUAGUGAGUUGUGACCACAAUGUUUUUAGGUGACAAUGAUGUAGUGAAGAUGUGAACAUGGUGAUUUGUUGCAAAAUUAACAAAAUUGAUAUUACUUUUUGGAAUUCGUGUCGAAGUACUAAAAGAAAAAGAUUAGGAAAGGCGGCGACGUAGGAAUCACGGGAACCUCUACUAGUAAAGAGAAAACAAGCAAAAAAAAGUGAAUCAACUUUCUUUUUAGACAAAUUACUUAGCCUGGCCAGUAUGAGUGGACUCCAAUCGCUUCUUCAUACUUGUAAUAUUUCGUGACCAUUAACUGGACGCAUACUAAAGUGGAAUUGGGUAU